GUAACUAAUGAACAGCAGGCUCAAAAAGAGGAGUUGGAGAGGCGACAAAAGGAAAUGAAAAACGACUUCCUUAGCCAGAUUCUUGAUCAACAAGCAAGGGCUCGUCUUAAUACACUUGCUAUGACCAAACCGGAUAGAGCAAAAGCUGUUGAGAAUAUGCUUAUCAACAUGGCUCGCACUCAAAGGAUUUCUGGUCAGGUAUCUGCUUUGCACUUAAAUAUGUAUAUUAUGUUACUUAUUUUAUGA